AUGGAUAAUGUAGAAGGAUCAGGAAAUAGUGAUGAUAUGAUGGAAUGGUCUGAUGAUGAAGAUUUAGGCGGUGAAGGUUCAGGUGGUCAAACUGAAGGAUCCGGUGAUACGGAACAUGAUCAUGAAGAAGCUAUAGCACCAAUUAUUACAGCCGAAGAUGUUCGGCAUACGAAAUUAACCGGUCGACUUACUACUGCCGUUUAUGAAGAAGCAACUAGGCUACCAACCAGGCCACCUGUUAUUGCUAAACCACCAGAAGCUGGAUCAACCGAUCGUCCAAUAUUAUCAGUGUUGACCGCAUUCAUUAUUAUUUUAUGGGCACCAUUAUUGCUUCAUUAA